AUGGCCAAAUUGCAAUAUUCAAAAGAAAAUAUGUCAGGUAUGCAAGUCUUGCAUCCCUCAAGUUCAAAGUCUUCGACAACUCCGGCAGUUAAUAACAAUCAGUUUCACAUUUUGCACUCAUCGCUGUCGCAUAGUAACAUUUCCAAUGAGAUAUCGUUACAAUCUGGUAGCGUAAACAAUCAAAUAAAUAUUGAUCAUAUGAACUAUAAAUCAUCAAAUUAUGAUGAUUAUUAUAAUCUGGGCGAAGAAAAUUAUGAUUACGAUGGAAAAGGUAUAAAUUUGAAUAAAGUAGCUAGCUUGUCAAUAACUGAUUUGGUUUAUUGUUCCCCUCAACUAGCCAGGCAGCAACAUUCUCCAUCACAAAAUUUUCCACGUAGAGAUGUCGAUGAUUCCGAAUGUUUCUUCCAAUCUGGCUUCCUGAUAACCAAAGCAUUCAACAAUAACAACAAUGAUAAUUAUCUCUCACAUCAGAAUGAACUUCUUAAAAGUCCACAGGUUGGAAAAUCUUUUUUAAGUUUCCCCUCUCAGCAACUCUUCAGUCAAUCGGGUCACCAAUCAUUCACCAAUCAAUCAAAUCAUGGUUGCACUAACAAACAUUUGAAAGUCACAGAUAGCAGUAACAAAUAUUAUUACAGUAACAUUAACAGUACUGCUGGCAACAUGAACAAAGGUUGCAACAUUCUUCAACAUGUUAACAACAACAACAUCCCUGAUAUCACAUUUUCAGCUGAGAAUACUUGCUAUGCUGCAAACAACUCAUUAUUCCCAAGUCGUCACCCUGGUCAAGUUAGUCAACAGAAUCAACAACUUGACCAAUAUCAACGCCAUGAUCACAAAUACCAGCAUCAACAGCAUCAACGUUUCUACCAGCAACAUCUACAGCAGCAGCAACAACAACAGAGGGAGCAACCACAACAUCAGCAGCAACAUCAGUCACAACAGCAGCAACAUCAGUCACAACAGCAGCAACAUAACCAGCAACAUUAUUUCCAACAGCAAAAUAGAAUUCCACAACAACAAUAUUCACCGAUUUUUAAACCGCAACAAAAUUUAAUGAAGCAAAAUUUUAGCUCACCAGGUCUGAUAAAUGUCCACAACAAGCAUCAUUCACCUCUCAGUAAAAACUUCCAAAACAAGGAAGUUUCAAGGAGCCACGGAAAUCUUUUCAACAUAGAUGGUCAUGUUGCCAACAACACCAACAACUUACAAGCUUCUAACAACCUCCAAACUCACAACAGCAAAAGAAUUGAUAACAACAACUCUAACAACGGAUUUAACAACUUCCAAAAAGUAAUAAUAAACCAGCCACAACAGCAGAAUGUUCUAGCCUUUGAAAAUGUGAGAAACAACGAUUCCAUCCACCUCAACUACAACAACAAUAGAUAUAACAUUAACAACAACAACAGCAAGUAUCUAAACCACAUCUCAUCCCUCAACACUACACCUUACGAUAAUGUCAGUAAUAACAGCCGGAUCAGGAGUCGCAGAUAUUUAGAGCACGAUUACGAUGAAAUCAUGAGUGACACCGAAUACAGUGGUGUAACACGCAUCAGCAUCAAAGGUGACAAUAACUUACCUGACGACAGUGCAGUCAACAGCAUCAUCGACUACAAUAAUAAGAACAGCAGUAGCAACAAACAAGUUGCUUGGACAACUGUUUACAUUUCAGAGCACAGCAGCAACAACAACAACAACAUCAGUGACACUUCAAAACACUGCAGCAACAAGCUCAGCAGUAAGAGCCAUAGUUCAACAAAUUUACAUCAGCAAAAUUUAAACAACACAUUUUAUGACAACUCUAGCAUCAGUGGCGUCAACAAAAACAGCAACAUUCACGGCAAAGGCAACAACAUUAACAGCAAAAACAACAACAUUAACAGCAAUAGAAUUCAUAAAAACGAAAUUGCUGACCUUAAUGUCAAUUACACGAAACAUAUUAUCACAACACCAAAAACCAGCCACAACAACGCUAGUAACAACAACAGCAACAACAACAUGAACAUAAAAAAACUUGAAUUUGUAAAGUCGACGCCGCUGACAUCAUCAUCAGCGUCAUUUGGCAAUGUUGCUUCUAUUUCAUUGCCAUCGACACCAAUUGCAAACAACCUUCGACCGAAGCAUGGUCACCUACUGUUACAGGACAUAAAAAAUUUUGACAGAAAUGAUGAUUGUGAAGAGGAUUAUGACAAUCUUGGGGAUGAUUUGAAGUAUGGGGUGAAAAACGAUGAAGUUAAAAAAUUUUUUGGUUCUGGUGAAACUAACAACAACGGCAACAACAACAACGACAGCAACAACAACAACUGCAAUUUAUACAGUGGCAAUAACAACAUUAUUAACACCACCACCAACCACAAGAACAACGACAACAUUAAUAACACCUCCACCAAACACAACAACAACAUUAAUAACAUUACAACAAACAACAAAAAUGACAACAACAACAUCAAUAACGUGGUGGUGGAAAUUGUAGAAGACGGUGAUUACGACAAUGCCAAAGAUGACAAAACAGCCGACGGCAAGGAUGAAAUUGAAAUGAUGGCUGAGAAGAUGUUCAACUUGGAUGGCAUUUCAAAAGAAGAAGUUGCUCUGAAGAUCAACAAACCCACGCAGCUCUCUAAACGACUUGCUCGAGCUUAUCUUCAGCAUUUUGACUUCAGUUCUAAAAAUAUCGACCAAUCACUGCGCAGCUUUCUGGCUAAGAUUGCUCUGAUUGGUGAAACUCAGGAGAGGGAUCGAAUACUUAAUGAGUUCUCCAGGAGAUAUUACGAAUGCAAUGAUAAAGAAUUCAAAUCUGAAGAUAGCUGUCACACCAUGACAGCGGCCAUGAUUUUGUUGAACACCGACCUCUACGGGCAGAACAUAGGUAGAAAGAUGUCUGAGCAGGCCUUCAUAAAAAACCUGGCGGGUCUGAACGACGGAACGAACUUCAGCACUCCUUUCCUCAAAUCCAUCUACUCGUCCAUUUCGAAGGACAGACUGCCAUUUGAAUGCAGCCAGUCAGUCGCAGAACCGUCAUCGUCUGCAAAAGCACUCCAGACAAAAUCUCAGAAGAAGAUGAUCAAAUGCUCGGACAAUCCUUUCUUCGAGACGCAUAUAAACCUGGCAAACACGAACCAGCAACACGAAGCGAUAACUUUAAAGAAAGGCCUCAUCAUGAGGAAGUCGUGUCUAGAGGCAGAUGGUAGAAAAACACCACUUGGCAAGAGAAACUGGAAGAUGUUCUAUGCAACGUUAAAAGAUUCAACACUCUACCUCUGCAAAGAGUCAACAUCACAGCUACAGCAGUCAGCCACCAGCAUCCACCACAAGAACGACCACACAAGCGCCAUCGUUGGACACGGAAGUAGUAGCAGCAACGCUGACGAGACGGACGACAUCAACUCCGAGAUAAUGCUGUUGCAUCAUUCGCUGGCCUCCCUAACGAAGGACGAGGGUAUCAAGAGGAGACAUCGGCACGUGUUCGAGUUGAGGAUGGCCAACUGGUCACUCUACCUCAUCAGAACAAAUGAUGAUGUUGAGUGCCAGCAGUGGAUCGAUGCCAUCAAUUUAUCAUCUUCCUGUUUCUCUGCCCCACCCCUCCCUGGUGCAGUUGGCUCCAUGGUCAAGUUCCAGAGGCCCCUUCUUCCUGCCUCACUCACCAAACUUUCCUUGCACGAGCAGUUGAACCAACACAUUUCCAGUUUGAAGAAAUUCGAACAGGAUCUCGUCGAGCAUGAAACCUACCCGCCUGACAAAGGGGCCAAAAAUAGGGAUGUGCGAGAUUAUUAUGAAAGGGGAAGCUAUUUGAAAUUCGAGCAAUCCAGGUACUCAGUGUACGUGCAGGUCUUGAAGAACAACUACGAGAAACUGAAGGGCCACAAAAGAUUCAGGAAUCAAAUGAAAGAGAGCAACAACGCCGCUGGCGCUGCUACAUUGGUCUUGAACGCUAAAGAUAGGUCAAAGGGCAAAGAUGAAUCGUCAAAGAACCUCAUGUCCUUGAGUUCUAUAAGGUCGACUCCCGCCAUUAUCUUCGAGACGCGCGUUUGAUCACGUGACGAAGCUCUUACGCAAUAAUUUUUCUGUAAUAUUAAUAUAAUGUAAUGUAAUUGUAAUUAUUAUAUAUCUGGCAGAGAAUACUAAUCAGACUUGUUCAAUUCUUACAUUGAAGAAGAUUAAAAGUAUUAUACAUGAUUGUAAGUAAUGGGGCGGUGGUUGGUUUGAUGACUAUUACAUGAAUGAGCUGUGAAUUAUAACAAAACUGUUUUGGCAACACCUAAUUAUUCGAUAUAAUAUGUGUGUGUGUGUGUGUGUGGUGUGUGUGUGUGUGUGUGUGUGUGGUGUGUGUGUGUGUGUGUGGUGUGUGUGCGCUGCGCGAGCGAGCGCUUAAUCUGUGAUGCUUCAUUCAAAAUGUACAGACAUUUAUUUUUUCUCUGUUUCGUUUUCUGUUUUUUUUUACUUUUGUAAAAACGUUCUUUAUUUUUUUUUUGCAAUUUGAUUCUAUUUUUUUUCUUUGC